AUGAGAGCCAAGGGGGAGCCUUUUAAGAGAGGUGUCCUUGAAAAUAAUGCCCCUAUUUCAGGUGUGAUAGCGCCCAAGGAUCAUAGAUCGUCGACGUCAUUGGGCACGUUACUCAGUGUGGCCAAUCUACCAGUAGCAGCUUAUUCAAGUCAAGCAGUAAUUGCUCUUCGUCAAUUGGAGCUGAAGAACAUCAUCGCCACCACGCCAACUGUUGAGGUUUACGUUGAGGCCUUAAUCAAGUUGAUGACAGCACUUCGAUCAAAUCUUGUCACAAUUGUUGAGGAUGGAUACAAUACCGAAGUGGUAAAACGAGUGAUUAGUCAACUGAAUGAAGCAGACAUUUUCGUGUCCGACUCUCUGGAAUCUGAUCAGCUCGAAUUGGCACAGGCGCUCGAGGAUAGCGACAGUGAAAUCGUGCUUUCCCUCCUGCCAAAGAGAGAGCUCGCCGCUAUUCUGAACGACUCGAGCAUCUACAAGAUGGACAAGCUGUGGAUCUCGUUACCACUCGACGGAGAAGCACUGGAUCAGGAGGAGCUAACGCAGCUUCUUCCAGCUGACGCUCAAAUUGAGGUCAUUUUACUACAACAACAAUACAUCGAGCUACCCCAAUUCCGCGACUACUUCAUUCGUGUAUUGAAGAACAAUUACCAAAGCUACCAACUGCUCACUUCUUAUGUGCAACAGGUGUACAACUGCACUAGUGCUGUAUGCGAAAUCGACAAGCACCAGCUAGCACAACUCUAUCAGCAAUCGAAUUCGGCUGAGGCUGUCGUCCGUAUGACCUAUGCUUUUGCAGCUGUAGGGCAGAAAAUCGCCAGUGAUGCUACUAAGGAACGUACC